GCCAUAGAUGACGGGCUUUUCGCGCUCAUCCGGCAGGCAAGGGAAAUCUAGGAGGCUAUGGUGAGGGUGCCAGACUACGGGGAUAUAAUUCUCUCUGUACGGGGCUGCAGUUUCGGUACGGCACGGGCGCGCCGUAAGUUUGACGGCAGCACUGGUAGGUGUUCUGUGACGGCAUUCUCACGCAGUGAAGAUUUGGAAGCUGAACGAAGGAACGAAACAACUGAAGCCACUAAGCUUUGCUUACUGGAACGAAUUUGGACAAACCCGUUGUGGGUGACUACUGGCGGCGACCGGUCGUUGGGUGGAUAAGCAGCGCAGAACAUGGCAGCGCCCGAAGGGGAGUGCAGCACAAGCAGCAGCAGCGGGAACAGUGGCGUCGUAGUGACCGAUGUACCGCCCAACGAAAGUGAGACACUGGAGGGUCGAGCUACGGCCAUACAGGAGAAACUGGACAACACUUACCGCCAGAUAAUGCUCCUAGACGAGCGAAUCCGCGACCUCAAACGCCUGUACAAGCGUGCCGAGAAGAACAACAAGUAUGCUUUUCGCUACAACAUCCGCAUGAAUGUGUCCAUCGCAUGCAGCAUAAAGAUGAUGUACUACCACUACGCCAACACCAAAGUGGCUGAGCUGGAGCGCAUCACCACACAAUUGGAAGAGGCGCGUUCAACGGCCAGUGACACCUCGGAUGGCGACAGAGUGUAGUUUUGGUGUGUGGCAUGUUUUAAACGUUUCCAUUAUUGAUGUCCCGUGUUGCUGAGCAGUGCUGCGCUGGCAAGUGUUGUGUAGACUUCCUGAACUGUAGUUGUUCGUGGGUGUCUUGUGCAGUGUCGAUUUCUUUUUCUUUUUUACCGUUUCUGCAAGAGAGCCGAGCCCAGGAAACUUCUUCGGCAACGACGCCACCUGCCUGCUUAAUACAACUGGUGACUUAAAGGUUAAGCGCACGUGUCGGUGUCUAGGCUGCGUCUACGCAUGGUUUUCUCUCGAAGCCUGCUGUAUCAUGAGCUAGGACAGACCUCGUUAUGAACGGCACUGUUUGUGCCACGAGAAGGAGAAUCCAGACGAAGCUGUGUAAGCGAUCCGAACACCACGCCAUUGACCUAGGCAUACCGAAGCAGUGUGGUAAAACAGUGACAAAAGUCCAUCUGAUUUUGUUUGUUUGUCUAUUUUAUCCUGGCGCAACCCACCACAGGGGAUCGGCCAUGAAACGAACGGUGCCUUGCUGUUUAAAAGGAAAUGUUCCUAAUUCCGAAGUUAUAAAUGUUUAAUGAAU